AUGGAACACAUUCAUCAAUUUAUUUCAGCUGAGAUUCCCAAUAUUCAACAAGAUCCUGCUUUGUAUUCACUUGUGAAGGAGUUCAUGAUACAUGGUCCAUGUGGUGCUCAAAAUGUCAAUUACCCUUGCAUGGUGGAUAACAAAUGCUCUAAAAACUUCCUAACGAAUUUCUCUAAACAUACUUCAAUUGAUGAGAAUGGUUUUCCUAUAUAUAGGAGAAAAAACGAUGGAUCGUUUGUAGAAAAAUCUGGUGUCCAGUUAGAUAACCGAAAUGUUGUUCCAUACAACAAAUAUCUGUUGAAAAGAUACCGAGCACACAUAAAUGUUGAAUGGUGCAAUCAGGGAUCUUCUAUCAAGUAUUUAUUCAAAUAUAUUACUAAAGGUCCGGAUAGAGCUACUGUUACUUUUGUACAAAACAACAGUGGUUCUAAUAAAGAUGAUAUAGUCGAUGAGAUAAAAGAAUACUAUGAUUGUAGAUAUCUUUCUGCAUGUGAAGCAUCUUGGCGAAUUUAUGGAUACGAUGUUCAUUACAGGAAUCCUUCAGUUAUGAGACUUCCUUUUCAUCUACCUAAUCAACAACAAGUUGUCUACGGUGCAGAUGAUGAUAUCGAUAAUGUUCUUAACCAGCCUUCAGUUGCUUCUUCGAUGUUCACAUGUUGGAUGGAGCGCAACAAACUUUACAAACAAGCAAAAAAAACUAACUUAUGUUGA